CCAAUUAGUUUUGUUUAUCGAUAGUCUCACGCGAAUCGAUAAAAGCAACAAAAACUCGUGCUACUUUUUUUGCAAAUGCACAAUAGAAAAUUAAGAAAUUCCACAACAAAAUAACAAGUUAAAGUUGAGGAAACCGAUUAGCAUGUGCAGGACAUCCGUGGCCAAAGGAUUUUGAAGGAAAUUAAAGGAAAAACGGCGGAGAGAGCGAACGCAGAGCGAAGAAAAAGGCCAACAUUUUUGUACUAUAGAUAGCAUCCAAGGAGAUCCACAAAAGGCAAAAUCAAAAUGGGAAAUGAAACAUCACUGCCCAUGGAAAUGUGUUCCAAUUUCGACGCCGAUGAGAUCCGUCGCUUGGGAAAACGCUUCCGCAAACUGGACCUCGACAACUCCGGAGCUUUGAGUGUGGACGAGUUCAUGUCGCUGCCGGAGCUGCAACAGAACCCACUGGUCCAGCGAGUGAUUGACAUUUUCGAUGCCGAUGGCAACGGCGAGGUGGACUUCAAGGAGUUCAUCCAGGGCGUCUCACAGUUCAGUGUCAAGGGCGAUAAGCUGUCGAAGCUGCGCUUCGCCUUUCGCAUCUACGACAUGGACAACGAUGGCUAUAUAUCCAACGGAGAACUGUUUCAGGUGUUAAAGAUGAUGGUGGGAAACAAUCUGAAGGACACGCAACUGCAGCAGAUCGUUGACAAGACAAUCGGAUUCGCGGACAAGGACGAGGAUGGGAAGAUAUCGUUCGAUGAGUUCUGCUCGGUGGUCGGCAACACGGACAUACACAAGAAGAUGGUUGUUGACGUCUAAAAAUAGGUUUUAAAAACAGAAAGCAGCAGAUCCUUUUUAUACGCAAUUUAUUUAUUCUUUUGUACAUGCGUCGAGCAUCCCUCGUUUAUCACAACAAUCACAACUAUUAUUAUGAUUAUUAAUUAUAUUUUUUAUUCGAUCAGCGAUUCUCUAGUUGAAUAUUGUUAUAAGCCGUUUAGCGAGCCAGUUCAGAGUCAGAGUCAGUCAGAGAGUAGGGCAAUGUUGUUAUCCUAAGUUGAAAAGUGGAAUAAUGCGCCUCCUACUUAUGUACUUCUUUUAAUAUAUACAUCUAUAUACAUAUAUACAUGCAUAUAUAGUCAUAAUUUAUUAUACAAAUAUACAAUUAAUGAAAUGAAUUGAAAGAAAACCUUAAAAUCGAAAACUAAAAUUAAAAAACUAAAAAACAAACUCAUUGCAAGUGAAGGCAAAAAUAAAGAAAACCAAGUUGAAUCAAAACCAAGUUUUCCUAAAAAACGCACGCACACCCCACUCUAUCUCACAUUGAUGUGUCCUAAGUUUACGUUAAUUAUUUCUAAUUCUCCUGUGAUUUUGCCAAAAACAAAACGAAAACAAAAACAAGAUGAUGAAGCUGAAGCUAAAAAUGAUGAAAAGAAAAUUUUAAAAAAUAUGGGAAUAUUAAAUUAAACACAAGAAGCACGAGGGGCAGCUAAGCCACCUGCCCGAAGGAGCUCUCCUCUAUUGACUUAGUCUAAUUUACACGUUGUGUACUUUUUAUAUAUUUAUACAUACAUACUUGUACUAAUCGAAUGUUAUAAUCUAACGUAUUUUUAUAUUAUAUAACUUGACUAACAAAACAGCAUAAUAAUGAAUGGAAUAUUGAGACAAGUUUUCUUAACUCUAACUACCCUUUUACCCCCAAAAAAAAAAAAACAAACAAAACUAAAUGCAAAAUACUUAAAUUUUAAUUAAUUCUCCCACAGAAUUAUGCCUCGAGAAAUUAUCUAAAAAUAUGCUACAUUUGACGGAUUAUCAAAACGAGUUAACUUCAAAUCGAAUAAUUAUACAUAAAAUACAUAUGAAGCAAUGCCAUGCGGCGCCAAGCGAUAUUAAAAUUAAACAAUUUUUUUUAUACUUCAAGAUACUAGUUAAAAAAACAAAAACAACAAAAAAAUAUAUAUUAAGAACAUGCAUGUUACAAAUUUUUACAAAUUAACAACAAAUUUUGCACAAUCGCCACUCAAUUUGUUAGCUAAUCAAUUCAACCAUUUUGCAUUAUCCAAAAAAAAAAGAAAUUAAUCGACUUCGAGAUCAAGAUUUGCUGGCCAGUCGAUAGCAGUCGAAGCAAUAAAAAGCAAAUCCUUCAAUAAAAAUACAAUUAUACACAAGAA